AUGCCUUUAAGCGAUCUAAGUAUCAAGAGAAAACCUGUCAGGCUUAAAAAAUUACACAACUCUCAAAGCACCCGCUCAAGUCCAUCACCAGAAUUUAGUACCUACAGUUAUUUAUUACAACCGAAAACUAUUGAAACUGGAGAUUUAUACAAAACUCACCUUCGAAAAAACUCUGUAGACCAAUUAAUCGAUGCCAGCCCAGUAAACGAAAUUCUUUCAAAAGAAGAAGCUAAGCACGAAUUCCUCAAAAGCAGUUUUAAGUUCGAAAAAAUAAAAAAACUGUUACUCAAUCAUGAUUUAACCUGUGUCGAAGACUUUGUCGCAGGCUUAGAAAUUUCAGGAAAGAUGUUUACAGAAUGCAACUGGAUUUCAGGCAAAGGAAGAAUUGAAGCCAUAAAUAUCAUUGCCCAUCUCGUAAAUUUAUUAUAUAAAGCAGUCUCAGAGCUAAUUGAAAAGAAAAAUCAGCAUACCAAAAUAAUUGAAAAUUUACAAGAAGCAAACAAUAUUUUAUAUAUUGAAAAUAACCAAAAAAAAGACCUGCAAAACAAGCUUGACUAUACCAGCGCAAAACUGCAAAAACUUGAAAAAGCAAAGCACGAGUUUUCUAGCUCAAUCGGCCAAGCUCACAGGCUGGCUGAUCUUGAAAAAGAAAAAUUGGUCGAAAAAAUAAAUAUUUUAGAAAAAUACAUCAGCGAGCUCAAAGACGUGACAAAAAUCGACACAAUUAAUUGGGAUUUAGAAAAAUACAAAGAAUUGUACCAAAAAACAGUCAAAGAAUUCCAUGCUUUUAAAAAAGAUAAAGAAUCAAAGUUAUACAGGAUGCAGCUAGAAAUGGGAGAACUAAAGAGCAGCAUACAGAAAAAUACGUCAUCUAUUGAAAACCAUGACAGCGAAAAAAAAACAAUGGAAGAAAAGCUAUUUUUAAUUGAUUUCAAAAAUAAAGAGUUAACUGAAAAGCUGUCUGAGUGCCAAGAAAGGGUUGCAAUGCUAUAUGAGGACUCUUUAAGAUUCGUCGUAUAUAGAGAUCUCUAUAUAAAACUAGACCAGCAGUUCAAUACUAUGAGACUAAAAUACAACCAGCUUGAGCUAAAUAUUAUUGCAGGGAACGUUACUUUAAGCACUGAUGGGAUCAUUUGGGUGUCUUUAGAAGACCCGCUAUUUGAUAAAGUCCGAGGAUUUAUGCAGCAAGGGGUUGACCCCAAAGUAUUUGAGCCUCCUGUUCCAAUCCGCAAAGAUAAGCGUACAUUUACUGAAGCCCCUGUGUAUUCUCAUAGGCAUGCAAGAACAGUCACUUAUUCAGAAACUCAGCUUGACCCGUCUUCAGUAGACCUAAGCCAGCUAAAGCUGAAAAAACCUGCAUAUGCAAGCUUUUUUGAGGUCGGCGAAAAAGCAGCAAGUUUUGAGCUGCCGUUUACUAAUUGGCUGGAGGUUACUAUGAGGGGGAUAUAUGAUUCUAAGUAUAAUGAACAGAUUUAUUGCUCUUUUGAGUCUGGGAGGACUCCUUUAAGGUUCUCUGAAUUUGUAUAUUGUUGGUUAGGCAGAUUUAUGAUUGAUUCUGGAUCACGACAAGUCAGAGAGCUCGAAUGGUGAAAAAGAGAGUCCUCUGAUAAGCUGCGAUUGGAGCUUUUAUUAGCUUUAAAACAUGAAAAAGCGAAAAAAGUGUGGGAAAUUCAUACUUUUAUAGAGUUUUUAAAUGAAGAAUUGAUGCUUGAUGAGCUGUCGUUUUUCUUACACUGCCGAUUUCUACUGUUUAAAGGUCCUCAGCUUAUGAUUACUUCAGGGAGAUUUUCUGCUUUGCAUUUUGUAGCUUUAGACCGCGUUUUUGAAGUAAUUGACAAAGUUAUGGGAAAAAUUAGCCCAAAAGACAGAUCUGAGCUUAAAUCACAGCUGCAGUCAAAAGCCCGCAAUAAAAAUGGUUCUUUGACACUUGACUCUGGACUUGUAAUUUUAAUGUAGGCUUUACGAAUUAUGCUGGAGUAUUAUAUACGAGAAAAAAAAUGCAAAUAUCUUGUGAUAAAAGGGCUGUUUUCGGUAGCCCCAAAGAAGCCUGAUGGGACUUUGGCGUUUCAAACGUUUCGUAUUAUCUGUUUAAAUCUUGACCCAGAAGCUAGUGAAUCGCUUAUUAUCAAAAUGUAUAGAGAUUUGUGGGCGUUUGGAAAUGGGCAGAUAAACCAUGAUAAUUUUUUUGUAUAGAGCACUCUGCGAAAUAGACCGAUAAGGGAUAGCCCUAUUAUCAGAAAAUAAUAUUUCCAUGAUGGUACCUGAUAAAGAAUUGCAAUUGUAAAAAAAAUUGAAGUCCAUAAUGAUCCAAAUAGAUUCAGAGCCUAUAUUUGCUAACGAAAAUGGAUUUUUCUUCCAUUCAUUGAGACUUAAAGGGGAUGAUGACCCUUUACCGCUGAAUUCUUAUAACGAAAUUGAUGAUAGUACGUCAGAAUAUGCAAAAAGGAUGAAACAGACUUUUAAUACUUAUACACAUUUAAAGGUCCCAAUUGCUUUGAUUAGAGAUGCGCUAAGAUCGAUAGGUGUUAUUGAUUUAUUGGAUAAUUUCGUAAAACUAGAAGACCUAGUUAAGGCUAAAUAUCAAGAGCCUUUAGAAAAUUACAGAGGAAUGAGUUUAUUAGAUACUUAUAAACAUUUAUGAAAUUUAGCUAUACAGUUACAAGUCAUUUUUGAGCAGAUUCAUUGCUAUAGCUCACCAGCACAAGUCCCAGACGAGGUUAAAGAUUUAGAAAUAAUUGCCUUACCACGAGCAUGUGAAGGCUUUAUUGAAAGGCUUCACAAAAUGACCUUGCAAAAAUUAACAGCAUUGGUCGCCAUCAGAAAAAUACAAAGAAGCUGAAAAGAAAAAGCUAACUCCCCCCCCAUCCUUGAUCGAACGACCCGCCAUCGUUCGAUCAAGGAUGGGGGGUUAAAAAAAAAUUUUUAUAUAUAAAUAAAAUAUAUAUAUAUAUUUUUUUUUUUUAUUUACUUUUAAAUAAGAGGGUUAAGAGUAUUAAUAAUUAUUUUUACAGCAAAAAAUAAAUUAAUUUCAUAAAAAUACCAAUUUUUAAUAUUUUGAUUUAUUAGUCACCCUUUUAAACUAUAUAAAUUUUAAUUUGUUCCUUAUUAAACUAAAUUUUUUUUUUUAAAAAAUUUAAAAAGAAUCUCUAUUUUAUUAGAUUAUUGAGUUUUUAAGCUAGGCUGAUGACUAAAUCACUUCGAAUGGUUGAUUUCGAAGCUUUCUGUCGUCUAAAGUCUCUAAAACAACUUAACUAUGUACAUCUUCCAAACUUUUGAUAACUAAUAUAUUUUAUGUAUAUAAAAAUUUGCAUGAUAUGAAAAAUCGUUCGAUCAAGGAUAGGGGGUUAAUUUUUCCCCAAUUUUUAGGAAUUUUUACAGUUAAUCGUUCGAUCAAGGAUGGGGGGGAGUAAACAGAAUUUAAGCCUCGCAACCACUGUCCUCAAAGGGAUUAAUUUACUUAAGCGUGGCCUAAAGCAUCACAAAAACCAAAAAUCAGCUUAA